AUGGCCCGUGUUAAAGACAGUAAUGGUGGGAAAAAAGCUGUGAAGAAGGUCAGAACACUAGACUCUUUCAAAACUGUCACACCCGUUUCCCCCGAAGAAUCUGCAGCAGCAUUGGCAGUGCUGAACUCGGCAACACUCACCAAGACAUCCAGGCCCAAACGGAAUGCGUCCAAGAGGGCUUCGAAAUCAAUAGGAGAAUCAAUUGACCCAACAGUAGAGUCUGCUGAUGAAGGGGAAGAAUUUGUGCCAGAUGGAGAGGAAGCUGAUGACGUGGAUGACGUAGAGACAGGAAACUAUGAGUCCGGAGUUGAAGAUCUCACAGAACAAAACGCGCUCGAAGCGACCCAAGAUCUAGAAAAGGCUCAAACUUCUGCUCCCAAGAAGAGGACCGCAAAACGUGCGGCAUCUGGCGGUGCGAAAAGAGGUCGAAAACCCAAAAAAUCCACUCCUGUACAAACUGAUAUUCAAUCACCAACACCAACAUCGAAACUUGACAAUAAACGCCGUGUGAUCCGUGCAUUGAAAGACUUGACCUCUGCUAGGGACAAAAUUGAGCGUAUCUAUGGGUUAAACACUCAAAAAUUGCUGGGACUCGCCAAGGUCAAAGAAUGCUUCGAGACAGGUUCCUUUGAUUUUGACAUCGAGACGAUACAACCGCACUCUAAAUACUACGUCGACUUUUCUUCUCCCUGCAGCCAAAAAGAUGUCACACAGUGCCUUACUCUUGUCACUAGCGAUUACCGGGUUAUAAAUGAAUCGGAAAUGCGCCAGCUUUUUCCUCUCAAUGAGGCAGAGGUUCCUUUGCAGAUUUCUGAGCUUGAUACACACAUUAAGGCGAAUCAGAGCAUUGAGUUUCCAGUGUUUCCAUGUGGCAAACGCAAGGGCUUUGUUUUUAGCACGGGUGGGCUCGUCACAGACAUAGCAUGGCUCCCGCGCGAUGAUCUCGACCACCUCUAUUUGGCUGUCUCAGUAUCUAAUAAAAUUGAUGAGCCAGUACACGAGGACCUCAGAUGCUGGGGUGAACAGAAACACACCUCUUGUAUCAAAAUCUUCGCAUUAGACCCUAAGACCCUGGUGUUUGAAACGUAUCAAACCAUAAUACACCCGUUCGGUGAAACUUGGAAUUUAAAGUGGCACUCAGGGUUCAAGGACGAGAACUCUUUGGGCCUAUUGGCUGCAUGUUGUCAGGACGGCUCCGUUAAGUUCAUGAAAAUUGAUCGAACAACAGAGAACGAGAUCAAAGUGUAUGAGAACGCUAGUAUAAGCGUCGCACUUUCACAAACCCCAAUCUCUUGCUUUGAUUUCACAUCUUCACAAACAAUAGUCUGCGGUUUUCAAAAUGGUUAUGUUGCGGAAUUUGAAUUGGGAUCUAAUGUGCCCUCCUACUACCGCCAAGUGCAUGACUCGUACGUGAUCUCCAUCGUCACAGCGUACUCAGGAUUUGAAGACAAAGUGAUUACUACUACAUCCGUGGAUGGAUUCAUUUGCGUUUAUAAUCCACUGAGUAUCCAAACAACAAAAUGCUCUUUAGGGCGUGUACGUGGGGGAAAUAGUACGAUUGCCAGCUACUGUCCUCCAGUCUAUGGAGUAGUUCACACAGAUGGGGUAAACUCGAUAAAAGCCUUCACACCAAAAGCUGCAUUUGCCUCUCACCAGAUAUGUCAGCAUGAAAACACCGUGAGCGCGCUUGCAACCUCCAAGCUUCACCCUUUCCUGCUUUCGGGCUCUGCCGAUGGAACUCUAAUUAUCAAUAAUCUAGCAAGAAGGUUCUUGACAGGAAUCAAGAAUAACGCUAGUGUUCACAAAUUUUUAAAGUUAUGGGAGUGGAAUUACAAUAUUGAGGAAAAGAAGUACCGCUUAGAUCCUAAUUAUGAGGUUUUCAACUUCAGCGUAAACGAGGUGUCGAAAGCUAGAGUCAACCCGCACGGAGUCAACAUCUCCAGCGUUAAAUGGAAUGAAACAUGUAAAGGUGGAAAGUUCUACGCCUUUGCGAACAAUGCAGGUCUCCUAGUGAUAGAGGAGUUAGGGAGUUAG